AUGGGUUGGGGCAACACUUCGUCUUGCUGGGCUCAGCUGACAUUCUGGUGGUGCAAUGGAUGCUACAACAUGGCUCUAGCUUUGGUAAAGCUGUCACUUCUUUUUCAAUACCUUCGCCUCCUCGACGAGAAUCCGGAUAAGAAGCAGCCUAGAACGAGGAUUGCUAUAAUCUGCCUUAUUGCGGUCACCUCGAUCUGGGGCAUCGUAUAUUCAAUCCUGGCCUGGGUUCCAUGCAUUCCCGUGGAAGCUCAUUGGAACUUCGAAGAAUCUGCUACACGGUAUGGAUAUGGCUCGGAUGAAGUCCCCAUCUUCGUCGCCACCUAUAUUAUUCACGCUGCUUGCAACAUGGCUAUUGACAUUGCUGUGCUUGCUAUACCCAUAUUCUCAAAAUCUAUGUGGGUGACAACGGACAACCAGAUGAGGUCAAGAAUAGCCAUGAUCGGUCUCUACAUCCUCGGAGGCCUUUCUGUUAUCUGUUCGGUAGUUCGCUUCAUCCUAAUUGUGCACACCCGCGCAACGACAUCCCCGACCUUCGAUCCGAGCUGGUAUGGCGCAUCUACUUGCAUCCUAUCGAUUCUAGAAGUCGACCUGGCCACAAUUGUGGCCUCUCUACCAGUGUUCUGGCCGCACUUGCGGCGCAAUAUAGACAAAAUCAUGAUCACUCGCGAAGUGGAAGUGAAAGUCACGCACGAACCGCGGCCUUUCACUCAGAUCGAGGACCAGGCUACUAAGGACGGAACGCGGAGCGGGGCCAGUGACAAGUAUGUCGGUGACCCUGCAACAAUACUGCCUUGGGAAAUUCAAGGAACAAACACCUCUUCUACAAAAGGCUCCGAAUCGAUUGUGCUGCAAGAUCUGCGCCGCAGCUACAGUAACAAGAGGACGAACGACGUGAAACUCUUCAACCCUCAUAACUCGUCUCACUCUCGAUCUAUUUCGAACCCGAUUACCAAGUGGCAACUUGGUAGAGACAGCAAGGAAGUUCUUUUGAGGUAG